AUGACAUUAACUGCUAAGACGGAUUCACUCUUUAGUUGGAUUGAGGAGCGUGAACGCGAGCGCUGUAAAGUCUCUGAAUCUACAUGGGGACGUGUACUUGACUCUGGUACAGGUUAUCACUCUCUUUCUUGGCUUCUUUGUGGUGAAGCGUCCUCUCUUAUCAAAGAAGUCGUUGCUGUGACGGUGGAACAAUCUCUGGCAAGUGACCUUAGGAUUAAAUUUGACUCUAGUAAGACACCACACGCUACUCCGCUCAAACUUCAUGUUGGAAACUGGCAAGAUGCUACAUUUUUAAGCAAUGAGAAGCCUUUUGAUAUCAUUAUUGCUGACUAUCUUAUUGGAGCUCUUGAAGGUUUUGCACCGUACUACCAAGAUCAGAUCUGUGCUCGACUGGAGAAAAUGCUUGCACCAGAAGGAAGGAUCUACUUGGUUGGUUUGCAGCCUUGGAGUGAGUCUCAUGCUCCAGCAUGUGCCAGUGAACAAGAAGUUAAGGCUGGAAAACUUAUCCAGGAAGUGGCACGUACACGUGACGCUUGUUUACUGCUAGCAGGACGUCGUUGCUAUCGGGAGUAUCCGAUUGACUGGUCGCAGCGCCAGCUUGAAAAGGUGGGAAUGGAAGUCAUUAACAGCGUUCGUUUCGUCAAUGUAUAUGGCCGGUCUGCUAUCAUCCGUCAGCUCGAGGUGGGAAGACGUCAUAUACCAAUGUUUAACGACAGUGAAUUAGCGAACAAUAUGAUCCAAGCACUUGAUCGCAUAGAUGAACGUCUUGAAAAGGAAUUUGGCUCGAGAGAAUUUUCUGAGAGUGAUGAUAAGCAACAACGAAGGAUACAUUUUGGAUUUAAUUACGUACUAGCUGCUCGUAAGCUCAAGACAAUGUCAAAGUCAAGUUGA